UAUUUAUUCUACUUUGGAUUUAUUUCUGCAAGUAUAGUUUUACAAAAUGGCAGCUCUGGUCGCUACUCUGCCGUUACAGCUAGUCUGUCAAUUGAUACCAACUAAUUUGCCAACUAAGGAUGUAAAAGCGUUUGGCAAAACUGAAAAAUUUGUGCUAAAUUUCCCGCAACCCCAAACGCCGACAAUUCCAACAAUCCCAGAUGGUUACGUACCGUAUCCUGAUAUCGGAGUGGCCUACAAAACCUACUAUGAACCCGUACUUUGGAAAGUGGCGAAGAAUCGAUGCACAGCGGAAGGUGGUAACUUAGCGAUAAUCGACUCGAUGAAAAAAUUCGAAUAUGUAUCACGGCAGCUGAAACCUGAGAGGGUAACUCACGUGGGAAUUCAUAGUUUGUUCGAUCAGGAUGAGUGGGUGAGCGUUAAGACGGGACUUCCCUUGACGACGAUACCUUGGGCACCUGGUGAACCAAACGGUGAUUCGCGGUGCGCAAUGGUGAAAUAUGAAAAAAGUGGACUUUGUAAUAUCGAGUGCUCGCAGAUAGUCGGAGAUUUUAUAUGCGAAAUACCGAUCCCAGAGGGAUACAAGAUGCCGGAGGAAAGAUUCGAAGAUAUUUUUGGCCGAAUAACAGCCAACUGAACUUCAUGUAUAUAGCCGUAGCAGUCCUAGUAUAUUGUAUAAAUCGAUAAAAAUUAUAAACUAUGGUGAAAUAUU